GCCCGCGCCCCGCCGGCUCUGAGCGCGGCCGGGCGAUGGAGGCGGCGGCGCUGGCGCGGGAGGGCGGCGGCCAGGGCCCCCCGCCCCACGAGCCCAUCAGCUUCGGGAUCGACCAGAUCCUCGGUGGCCCCGACCCCGCGGGCGGCGGCGCGGGGCCGGCCCGGGCGGCGGGGGAGCCCGACUACGGGCUCUACGGCGGCGGCUACGGCCCCGCCUGCUCGCUCGGCUCCUACAACCUCAACAUGAGCAUGAACGUGAGCGUCAACGUGACCCCCGCGCCCGCCGCGCCACCCGCCGGGGUCAUCCGCGUCCCGGCGCACCGGCCCGCGCCCGCCGCGCCUCCCGCCGCGCCGCCGCCGGUGCCCGGGCUGCCGGGGCUCACCUUCCCCUGGAUGGAGACGACGCGCCGCAUCGCCAAGGACCGGCUCUCAGCCGCGCUGUCGCCCUUUGCGGCAACCCGGCGGAUCGGGCACCCUUACCAGAACCGCACGCCGCCCAAGAGGAAGAAGCCGCGCACGUCCUUCAGCCGGGUGCAGAUCUGCGAGCUGGAGAAGCGCUUCCACCGGCAGAAGUACCUGGCCUCGGCCGAGCGCGCCACCCUGGCCAAGGCCCUCAAGAUGACGGAUGCCCAGGUCAAGACCUGGUUCCAGAACCGCCGCACCAAGUGGAGGAGGCAGACGGCGGAGGAGCGCGAGGCGGAACGCCAGCAGGCCAACCGGCUGAUGCUGCACCUGCAGCAAGAGGCCUUCCAGAAGAGCCUGAGCCAGCCGCUGCCCCAGGACCCGCUCUGCAUGCACAACUCCUCCCUGUACGCCCUGCAGAACCUGCAGCCCUGGGCUGAGGACAACAAGGUGACGUCCGUCUCGGGGGUGGCCUCCAUGGUGUGAGGUGCCCCGGGAGCCGUGGAUGUGCGGUGGGAGCCCGGUGGGGUCUGAGCCCGGCACCGCCAGCCUGUGACAGGGAGGGGGCUGCUGCUUCCCGGGAGCCCCCCUCCAUCGGCAGCCCCCUCUCUGCCACAGGCCAGCCCCCCCUGGUCCCCCCUCGGGGAGGGUGGACGGGCACCUGCGCUCGGACUCAAAGCUCUGCUGACCCCCGCGGGGACCCCUGCCUGGCGCACCGCUGCGGGCAGCCCCUUGCCCGGACCUCCUGGGGAGCCCAUUCCCGGGCCCCCCCACCCUGAGGGCCUCUGCAAGUCCAGCCCCGCUCCGUCCCCAGGGCAGCUCCUCGGGUGGUCUCUGCUCAGGACCUGCUGCCCACCCAUCAGUGGCUCUCCCGGCCGUGCCAGGCUCUGCUCCCCCCAGGGCAGCUGCAGCCCCCGUCCCACCCAGGGCGGGGCACAGGGUGAACGCCCCCAUUCCCAGUGUCAGGAGUGCCCCCUCGCCCUCGCUGGCGCCCACCGCGGGGUCUGCACCACCCACACACACUUGCCUUAUCCUGGUCGGAGUUUGCCGGCUCCGGCUUCCAGCUGCGGCCCCGGGCUGGGCGAGGAGCUCGACCCCGUGACCCCUGGCCCCCCCAGCGGUGGGACAGACUGACGGACUGGGCUCCCUGGCGCUCCUGGGCUCCACACCCACUGGUUUGCCGGCUCUCUGCGGCCCUGGGCCUGGACGUGCCCCCGUUGCACCCUGUGAUGGACUCGGGGUGCCUCUGCAUGCCGAAGGAUUGCACCAGCCCCCCCCCCCCACCUCCAAGAGGGGCUGCCCUCAUGCCUGUCCCCCCCCAAGUCUCUGUCUCCUGGGAUGCCCUUCACCUCCCCCCACGCUGCCCAGGGUCAGACCAGACCUUGUGUGACCCACAGCACACUCGUGGGGAGGCAGAGGGGCCCACGGGGGGCUGAAAUCCCCCCUCCUCCAGCAAAUGUCUGCCCCCCCAUUCCCCAGUGACCCCCUGAGUGUCCCCAGGCUUGGCCAGGGACCCCCGUCCCUUGCCCUGCCCCCCGGCCUCUGCCAAUGCAGGGUCACCGGGACCCCCGGCUGGGCUCCAGCCGGGGGUCCCUGGUUGAUAACAGAGGGCAGGGGGGGCAAUAGCGACGACCCUGACCCUAAACUUGACCUUGACUCCCCCCGCCCCCCCCUCCGCCGCUGUCCGUGGUGCCGCCGAGGCUGCCGGGGGGGGGGCGGCAGGAGCCCGCUGUGCCGCGGACACGGGGCAGGCUCCUGCCGCCCCCGUCCCCCGCUCUCCCCGCCCCGCUGCUACCGGGAGGAGGCGGGCAACCGGUGCCGGUUCCCGGGCGGCGGGAUUGGCUGCGGUUCCGUGACGCUGCCCCGUUUUACCGGGGAGGGGUCGGGGGUUGGGGGGGCGGAACCGCCGCAGAGCCGCCGGGAUGAGCGCGGCCGAGGGCCGGCCCCGGUGCCGGGGGGGCGGCGAGGCGGUGCUCCGCGCCCGUGCCGAGGCUGCCGGGUACCGGCGGCUGCUGCGCGCCCGCGCUGCCGAGGUGGAAGCGCUGCGCGGGGCCGUGGGCGCGCUGCACCGGCGGCUGGAGGGGCUGCGGGACCGGCGCAGCGGGGAGCUCGCCAAGUACCAGGAGCGGGUGGCGGAGCUGGAGCGGGAGAUCGGCGAGGCGGAGGCGGAGAUGGCCCGGUGCCUGCGGGAGUACCCGGCGCUGCUGCGGCUGCGGAUGGCGCUGGAGGCGGAGAUCGCCGCGUACCGGGAGAUGCUGGAGGGCGAAGAGCUGCGCCUGGGCUGCCUGGGCCUGCCGUGACCGGGACCCCCCGCCCCGCUGCGGGACCCCGCGCCCGGGCCCCCAGACCUGUGCGCCUCGGGGUCCCCUGAGCCCCCCGCUCGCCCCCCGGACACCCCGGCCGUGGGACCCCUGGACCCUCUGGAUCCCUCUGGACCCCCGGUUCUCCUGUCCUGCUGUGCCAUGGGCCCUCCCGGACUCCUGGGACCCCCAGGUUCCCCAGACCCCCCACCCCAGGAGGCCCCGGCCCCCCAGGAGGGCAGCGCCCACGGGGCCGCACACUCUCACCAGCCUCUCCGGAGCAGCAGCGGGGCUGGGGUCCCGGCCCCGGCCCGCGUGGAAGCACCUCAAUAAAGCCCCGUGGCAUUA